UUUGCAUACUGAUUUUCACAUACUUUAUAGCGUGGAAGUAUGCGAUUUUGGAUGUAGGAGAGGAAUCCAUGCGUCGCACCAUCUCUCCUGUCACUCAAGGUGUGCUCCAAUGAAACACCAGGCCAAGCACUACGUCAUAGUGGUAGGCGGGGCGCACGCGCGUGCCUUUUUGCGACCAUUCUCUGUUGCGGCUGCAUGUGGAGGCGUGUUUGUGGAUUUUUUCCGUUUUAUCGCUGGAAAUGGCAUCAGUGGGAGACGCCGGGGCGAAAAGACAGAUGUUUUAUGAUAUCGAGUGUGUAAUAGAUGAUUGUGAUGGUGAGCUCGGCUACAAGCCUCUGUCAGACAGCGACGAACUGGACGAGUCCGCGGAGGAAGACGAAGCGCGCGAGGAAGGGAUUGAUUCUUCUGAGGAAUGGGAACCAAUUACAGGACGCUCAAAAGCAAAGAGGCAACAAUACAACUCGUCAUCAACACCACGCCGGCGGGGCCGACCACGCAAAUACCCCUUAUCUCUAACAGCGAGCAGGAGUUUCACUAUACACCCUUCUUAUUCCCCCUCCGGACCUCGACGAAGAGGCAGACCCCCUAAAGACAAACCUAAAACUGUACUCCUGCCUGAGCCCACCCUUUACCCCCAAAUCAUCCCUAAAACAAUUCCUUAUUCCUCACCUUUCCUCAAUUCCCGUCCCACCAAUAAAUUUAGCCCUAAUGCAACAUCUGUACCCCUUCCUAAUAAUAUUCAGUCCAUUAAACUCUUAAAUCCUAAUUCUCCACCCAUUCACACUUCUAGUCCUACAUCUUUUACAUUUAGCAUUAAUUCCACCCAUAAACCCCUUACUAAUACUGUACCCAGCAUUACAUUUGCAUCUAAUUCCUCGCCCAUUCUCACAUCUAAUCCCACACCCAUUCAAUUCCGCCCUAAUUCCACACACACCAUCACAGUCAACCCUAAUUCCUCACCCACGUCUCAUUCAACACCGAUAUCUUCCAGACUUAUCAGUAAACCCACACAAGCUGGGCUUCUGUUAAACACAAACACAGUCAACAAGAUCAAUGAUUCGUUGAAAAAAAGGCAUCCAUUGGAGGAGAAGGUCGAUUCAUUGGCAGUAAUACAACAGAUUCCAGAGCAUUCAACAUCACUUAAACUUUUAGCAAAGAGACCACGACUCUCGCCACCAUCGCCUCCAGCCAUCACCCCACUACGCCGGAGAGGCAGACCCCGUAAACUCGCCCCUAAAAUCACAUCCAACUCCUUAGAUGAACAUGCAACUGGCCUGAUUUCCUCUGAUGAACCUGCAACCUUCUCCAAUCCCACAGCUGAACCCCCAGCUGUGUUGAAUCCUUUAACCACCUUUAAUCCCACUAUUGAACCUUCAGCAUCCUCCAGUCCGACUGCUGAACCUGCAACCUUCUCCAAUCCCACAGCUGAACCCCCGGCUGUGUUAAAUCCUUUAACCACCUUUAAUCCCACUAUUGAACCUGUAGCAUCCUCCAGUCCGACUAAUGAACCUGCAACUUUCUGCAAUCCCACUGUUGAGUCUUCUACCACCUUUAAUUCCACUGCUGAACCUGCAACCACUUUGACUCUCAUGCCCGAGAGGGUUCUGGCCAUCAGCCACUUUGACAACAGCAAUGAGACAACCACACCAUUACGCCGGAGAGGCAGACCCCGUAAACAUGCCUCUCAAAUCAAAUCCAGCUCAGCCGAACCUGCAACGGCCCUGACUCCCACUGUUGAACCUGCAACCACCUUUGAUCCCACUAUUGAACCUGCAGCAUCCUCCAGUCCGACUACUAAACCUGCAACCUUCUCUAAUCCAACUGUUGAAUCUUCUAUCACCCUAAAUUCCACUGCUGAACCUGCAACCACCUUUAAUCCCACUAUUGUAUCUGCAGGCUCCUCCAGUCCGACUGCUAAACCUGCAACCUUCUCUAAUACCAUUGUUGAAUCUUCUACCAUCUUUAAUUCCACUGCUGAACCUGCAACCACAUCCAAUUCUACUGCUGAACCUGCAACCACUUUUACUCUCAUGCCAACUAGGCUUUCGGCCAUCAGCCACAACACCAACGAGACAACCACACCACUACGACGAAGAGGCAGACCCCGUAACCGUGCCUCUAAAAUCAACUCCAACUCAGGCGAACCUGCAACGAAGACCAGUCCUACUGUUGAACCUGCAGCCGUGUUGAAUCCCACUGCUGAACCUUUAACCAGCAUUAAUCCCACUAUUGAACCUUCAGCCUCCUCCAGUUCAACUGCUGAAAUUGCAAUCUUCUCCAAUCCAACUGUUGAAUCUCCUACCACCGUUAAUCCCAUUGCUGAAACUGCAACCACAUCCAAUUCCACUGCUAAACCUGCAGCCACUUUUACUCUUAUGCCUGAUAGGCUUCUGGCCAUCAACAACAAGGAAACCACACCACUACGCCGGAGAGGCAGACCCCGUAAACGUGCCUCUAAAAUCAACUCAGCCGAACCUCCAACUGCCCUGAUUCCCAUUGCUGAACCUGCAACCUUCUCCAGUCCCACUGUUGAAUCUUCUACCACCUUUAAUCUCACGCCUGCUGGGCUUCUGGCCAUCAGCCACUUUGACAACAGCAACAGGACAACCACCCCACUACUUGCAACUCCCCUGAAUCCCACUGCCACACCUUCAACCCCCCCCAAUUCCAUCAGCCAGUUUGACAAAGCCUGUAACAGCAACAAGACCACCAUCCCACUACACGGGAGAGGUGGACCCCGUAAACGCACCUCUAAAGUCAGCUCCAACACCUUAGCUGAACCUGAAAGACCCAUGAUUACCACUGCUGAACCUGUAACCGUCUCCAAUCCAACCGCUGAACCUGCUGCAACUGUCUCAAAUUCUUCUGAACCUGUAAUAUUCUCCAGUCCCAUUGCUGAACCUGCAACCAUGUUCAAUUCCACCAGUAACAGCAACAGGACAACCACCCCGUUACACCAGAAAGGCCGUAACCACACCUCUAAAAUCAACUCCCAUUCCACUGUUGAAAUUGCAACCACCUCUUCAAUCGCUGGGCCUCUGGCUGUCUGUGACAUUGACAGUAACAGCAACAGGAUCUCUAGCUCGGUAACCCGGAGAGGCAGACCCCGUAAACGUGCCUUUAAAAUCAUCUCGAGUUCCAUGGCUAAACCUGAAACCUCCUCCAAUCCCCCUGCUGAACCUGUAGCCACAUUCAGUCCCACUGCUGAACCUUUAACCACAUCCAGUUUCACUGCUGAUCCUUUAACCUCCUCUAAUCUCAUGUCUGCUGUGCCUCUGGUCAUCAGUGAUCUUGGCAAAGAUAGUAACAGCGGGAGGAUCUCUGAUUCAGGGAAAGAAGACCCGUAUGAAGACUAUGUCGAUUGUGCAGAAGAGCAGAACCCUUUAAUGGAGCAAGAUUCAGAACAUUCAACAUCACCUGUGUCAAAAGCACGAAGGGUCGAACUCGCAUCUAGACCCGUCUCUGAACCCACCACCAUCCCAAAUCCUAUCGUGACGUCAGCUGCUCACUCUCAACACGAUGCCAUACCUGUACCCAUGCUUGAUUCCACCCCCAACUCUAAACAUUCAUCACGACGCAGAGGUCGCCCCCGUAAACAUUUCCGUAAAAUCGGCCACACCUCUAAACUAACCCCUGAACCCAUCCAUAAUUCCAUGCCCUCUGAACUCACACCCACCUCUAACCCCAACUCAACAACCAGCUCUAAAACCACCUUUGACAUCGACCCCAAAGCCAAAUUAACAUCUGCACAAACUACUUCUGCUCUGGAUUGUCCCAAGGAAAAAGUAGAAAAUGCCCCUCAGACAGAUAUGUGGCAUGAUGUCACUGUUGAGGAUGAAGAACCUCUGCUCCCAGAUUUCUGUCCGAAGCGACCUCCAGGGCCACAGCUUAGGGAAACAACACGCACUCCCUUGCAGUUAUUUCAGCUGUUUUUUACCUCUUCUGUCAUCCAGACAAUCGUUAGAAACACCAACAGCUAUGCUAAGAAGAAGGCAGAUGUUUCGAAGAAGCUCAGCUGGGUUCCUCUCACAGUAAAUGAGUUUUACUCCUAUGUGGCAUUGGUUCUGUACAUGGGCUUGGUAAAGGCAGACUCUCUGAUGAACUACUGGACAAAAAAACGACUAUACAGGUUUUCAUACCCACGAUCCAUCAUGUCCCAAAUGAGAUUCCAGUCCAUCUUUUGUAAUCUUCACCUGUGUGACCUUCAAGAAGAUGAGGAGAACGACAAGAAAAGAGGCUCCCCGGAUUAUGACCGUCUGCUGAAGAUCAAACCUCUGUAUACAGACAUUCUUUCGGCGUGUAGGGCGUACUUUCACCCUAACAGAGAGAUUUCGGUACAUGAGAGAUUGCAUACUUCAAAAACUCGAAUGGGACCAACCAAACCGGGCUACAGGCUCUUUGUUCUUGCCGAUUUGUCUUCUGGAUACAACUGGAAUUUCUUCGUAUAUGACGGAAAGAAUUCCACAUCACCAGGAAAAGGCAUCCGUUAUAAUUCCGUAAUGAGACUGCUGGAUCUCAAGUUCCUCGGUAACGGUUACAAGUUGUAUACAGACACUUUGUACACCAGUCCAACUCUCUACCGGGAUUUAUUGCAAAAUGACAUCCUCGCGUGUGGCCCUCUACGUCGUACCUUUAGUUUACCGGAGGUUAAGGUUUCGAGCGAGAGCGCUGAUAGAGGUUCGAUCCGCUGGUGUCGUCAGGGUCGGCUUCUGUUCGUCAGGUGGACGGAUAAGAGAGAAAUCGUCACGUGUUCCACCAUGCACAAGGCGUUUGCGGGCGACUUUAUCAUUAGGAGAGUCAGGGAUGAAGACGGUGUGUGGAAUCUGCGUCAAAUCCCUGUUCCACCUGCCGUGAAAGACUGCAAUAAAUACAGAAACGAUGAGGACUCUUACAACGCCCUAAUAUGGUAUUACAACAUCCUCUACAAAACCAAGAAAUGGUACAAGACGUUCUUUAUCCAUUUUCUUGAAAUGGCAGUGGUGAACUGUUAUGUUCUUCACCAACACUUGGCGAAGGCUCAGAACGAGACCCCUUUGAGUGAGAAAGUGUUUAGGGAAAAGCUUAUAUCCGAGUUGCGACGUGCCGGCAGAGGCAAGAGAUCCUCUGCUCCUGCCACAAGAGACCCAUCCAACAAAAAGCCGUCACCAUCGGCCUUAUCCGCUCCGACUGAGAGAUGCUUGCCGCAGCACUUCGGUUCACAUGUUACAUCUGAGAAGAGACAGUGUGUGAGGUGUAAACUUUCAGGACAUAAAGUCAAGACAAACGUAUGGUGCUUGCACUGCAAGGUGGCCUUGUGCUUGGUGCCCUCAAGGAACUGCUUUCAGAAAUGGCACAUUGAGGGACACUCUUCAGGAUGAUCAUGAGCGCGUUUGUUGUUCGUUUUAUAUGAUGGUGUUUGCGCUUGUAUAGUAAUGGAUCCAUUUAGUGUAAAUAAAACGUGUGUGUUUUUAUUCAAAUUUUUUAGAGAAUAGCUGUGACUUCUUAAAGCUACUUUGUGAAAUGUUUUAUCGUUGCUGAUGUGACAGUUUUACUGAGUUUGAAGACUGUUCAGAGUUGUCCGUUCACAUUCAUUUUGAAUUAAGUUCAUUCCAGGUCCUAAAUGUUCUGCUAAGUAAAACAACUUGGAUGAAAAUCAUUAAUGGACAUUUGUCAUAUGCUUAAAGUUGUAUUUGUGUGUUUUGUUGAUGCACUCCAUCAUACUCUUGAAUUUUCUUGACAAGUUUUAGUAAAAAAUCUUUUAAAAAUUUA